AUGAGAAGCAAUGCAUUCUCUGCGACCACAGGCAUUUCAACUACCGGCAAUACUUCAAAGGGUGCGACAACACCACCUCUAAUAACUCCUUCAUUGCAACCACAACAUCUCCCUCAUCAUGAAUCCUACUCCUCUCCUCACAUGUACUCUUCACCAUUUCAUAAUCAGCAACAACAACAACAACAACAACAACAACAACAACGCAUGAUGAAUCAAUCUCCGAUGCCACCACCAUUACAAUCAUUGUCGUCUUCUAUGCCGAAAGGUCUACCUGUGGAUAGUAGUAACAGGAUGCAACAGCAGCAGCAACACUUGAGCGGUUCGUCUUUGUCGUAUUCUCAGCCACAACCCUACACUCCACCACAACGAAUGCCAUCGUCAUCAUCCUUGUCGGGCAUGAAUGUGAUGCCAUCAUCAUCAACAACAAACAUGCAAUAUCAAUCAUCGCCGCACCACGGCUUGUAUCACUAUCACCAACAACAACAACCAUCAACAUUACCCACCCGUAAUUUGCAUUCAUACGAUCAACAACAUAGGAUACCGUCCACAUCAUAUCAACAGCACAUCCCACAACAACAAAACACCUCAUUAAAUACUCAAUCCCUCUCUUCGUCUCUAUUGUAUGCCAACUCACAAACACAACACCAGUACAGACAACACAAUAAUCCUAGCAUGAUGAACUAUCAAAUUCAACGCUCUUCUCCGAAUAUGAUGACCAACACUCCUAGUAGUAAUACCAAUAGCAUCUCCAACGUGGUAGACAACGUCAUGCCAUCGUCGCAUGUCAGCGUAGUACAACCACGAGAAUCUUCCCCUCGUACUUUUACAUCGACGUAUGAUUAUCCCAACACUAUUUCAUAUGACAGAAAGUUCGUAGAAUUUAAUCCUCAACAACAACAACCAAGUCAAGGAUCAUCACAUCAAGAAAUGACAUUCAACAUGUAUGCUCCAAGUGAUGCAACAACAACAUCACCAAGUAAGAGCAACCAUCAACAACAGGCACCAAAGAAAAAAAAGCUCAAAAAGGAAAACACAAAAUUCGAUCAGGAUAUCACAACCCAACAAUCAAAAAUGGAAAUUUCUGUGAACAACCAAUUGGACGACGUUUCAUCUGCAUUGGCUUGUAGUGGAGCUAAGCUUUUCCCAAUUGCUUGUGUUCAAUGCAGACAGCGGCACAAGAGAUGCAACAGAGUUCUUCCGUCAUGCAGUUCUUGCGCUUCCAAAGGUAUUCCAUGUCAAUACAGAACACCAAGAAAAAAAGGAAGAGCUUUGAAUGCUUCAGAACAAUUUCAACCCUACACUUCCCUUGAUCAAAUCAAAUAUAUACCUCAAAGUGCCGGUGAAAUAGAUUUAUCACAACUUGAUUCUAACAGCAAUUCAGGCUCCUCUUCUCCAAAUAUGAAGAUUACAACUAAUGUGACAUUUGAAAACACUACAAACGUAAAGAAACGCAAGAAAUCAGAAGAAACAGACGCAAAGAAAAAAAAGAAGACAAUCAAGACUGAACAAAAUCUCGAAACUGUUAUAUCUGACUCCAAUCAGCUCAAGCCUGACACAACACAUAUCAUAAUUUCUCCUAAUAAUCAAAGCAGUCCUUCACUAACAAACGAGCAAAUGCAGACAAAUGUUGAAACCAUUCAUCCUGUACCAACAACCGUGGCCACUUCGUCCCAAUCAACUAACAUUGUUUAUGACAAUCAAAAUAGCAUGAUUGUUACGGCGCCAAACACUGGCAACGAGAGCCAAAAUAACAUUAACCCCAGCCAUUUUGUGAAUGGCCAAUCAAUUGAUAUGGAGUCCGCAAAGGCCUUACUUAAUGCUCUAUCAAAUCCCAAUAUGCCCCAAAACACUCUUUGUCAGCUACUUUCAAUAUUGCUCUCUAGCCCUGACAAGGCCUAUAUCUUUCAAAUUUUGGACACUCUGAUGCGAUCUGCUGAUUCUAACGGAGUAAAAGAUUUGGUAAACAAUUCAUAUAGCUUGGAAAGUUACAUGGCCUCCAAUGAAAAUUUGAACAUUAGUGCGAUCAAGAGGAAAUCCAUUGAUUUUUAUGACGAAGUUAUAAGCUUGGGCUAUCCUCUAAUAAGUACAGAAAUUAUGGAGGAUGCACUUUUUAGUCCACACUAUGUUCGAGGUCAAUACAGCCCAGAUCAACUUGCUCUUAUUUACGCUAUCUAUGCCGUAACAUGCCAACGAUUUUGUGAACCUUUGCAAGCCAAACAAGCGUACCAUAGAAGCUUAUUGGAGCUCAAGGAUAUCAAAGAUCGAAACAAUAUUAUAGUAGUUGGAGCUUAUAGCAAUUUAGCAUUGUACUGUGCAGGAAUUGGAGAUACUGAUACUGCAUAUCAAUUUAUAACAUCUACUGAUAUUUAUUUAAUCAAUAGGAGAAAAGAAAGAGCUGGAAUUGUCUCUAAUGAUGUCGCAUUGAGAUUUGUUGGAGAUGUUGAUGAAAAUUGCCCCUCCAUGUACGCAUAUCUUACUGAAGACGAGUUUAAAGUUGAGAAGUUAAAACUUGUUGCUUGCAUUUCUGGCUUCUUGGGAUCGGGUGUUAUGCCACCACUGACAACUGGAUAUUUUGCUUUGAAAGGUUAUACGUUCAUGGAAGAAAUUGGCGCUUUUAUUGCAGAGUGUAUAAUUUUGUUUACUGGAAAAAUAUCGAAAUCUGACUUGACAAUUUUGACAAAGCGUCUCGACUCGAAUACCCUUCCAGAAUAUUUAUCUGUUUUGAACGAAAUGGAAAAUGCUUAUACUGGUCAUGAACAAAUGCGUACUUAUUCUGAAUUACAAACAAAACUGGCCACAGCUUUGCUACUUUGUGUGAACAAUGGAGUUAGAGCAUGGUUGUUACACAACAGUGGCGUCAAAGGUCCACUGGUUGAGGAAUAUGCUAGAAAUAUUACUGUCAUAUCUUGUCCGGACUAUUUCUUGUUAUUACACGCUGUGAUUGCUCCAUUUGUUGCGAAGGCCACCGAAAUUCACUAUGAAACAAUUUUAGAUGCAGAGAGCGGUCGAAGAUCAAGAGAUGACCUUGUCGACCUGUACAAUUUAUUACAGACUUCGUUCUCUAUUCUUGUUGCCAUCAACAAACGAUAUCCAAGAGUUGAAAAGCAAUGGGGUAACCUUUUAUUGCAGGUUGCCCUAAAACUUAAGGCUUUCAUGCCUUCAAAUGGAGAUGUUGAUAAGGUUUUAUCUGUGUUCACACAACCAUGUAAUAUAACUCAAACUUCGCAGGUUAUCCAGCAACAACCACCUAAGCAAACUCAGCCCAAUGGUUCUUCUGACUUGUCGGGUGUGCAGUUCAAUUUUGAAGAAAGUUUAAGGAACUUUAUUAUUACUAACCAAUUCACGAAAAUAAACCAAUAA